UAUGAUUCAAUGGACCAAGUAAAUGGCUCUGUGGUAACUGAAUUUGUGUUACUGGGACUUACACAAUCCUCAGGGAUGCAGUUUUUACUUCUUCUCUUCUUCUCUGUAUUGUAUUUGGGGAUUAUCCUAGGAAACCUCUUCAUUGUGGUUACAGUGAUUUUCCAUCCCCGCUUACAUACCCCCAUGUAUGUUCUAUUGGCCAACCUAUCACUAAUUGACCUAGCCCUUUCAUCCACCACAGUUCCCAGGAUGAUCUCUGAUCUUUUCAGUGACUGUCAAAUCAUUUCUUUCCACAACUGCAUGCUACAAAUGUUCUUUAUCCAUGUCACAGGAGGAGUGGAGAUGAUGCUGCUCAUAGCCAUGGCAUAUGACAGGUACACAGCAAUCUGCAAGCCUCUCCAUUAUCUAACUAUUAUGAAUCCCAAAAUGUGCAUGUUUUUAGUAGUUGCUGCUUGGAUAACUGGAGUGACUCAUGCUGUGUCUCAGUUUGUCUUUGUCAUAAAUUUACCCUUCUGUGGACCUAAUAAUGUGGGGAGAUUUUAUUGUGAUUUUCCUCGGGUUAUUAAACUUGCAUGCAUAGAUAGUUACAAACUAGAAUUUGUAGUCACUGUCAACAGUGGUUUCAUAUCUAUGGGCACCUUCUUUCUCUUAAUUAUAUCAUACAUCUUUAUUCUGAUCACUGUCCGACGACAUUCUUCAAAACAUUUAUCCAAAGCGUUCUUCACUCUAUCAGCUCACAUCACUGUAGUGCUUUUGUUUUUCCUUCCAUGCAUGUUUCUCUAUGUAUGGCCUUUCCCUACAAAGUCACUGGAUAUAUUUUUUGCCAUUGUGGACUUUGUUGUCACCCCCGUCUUAAAUCCUGCCAUAUAUACUUUAAGGAACAGAGAUAUGAAGGUGGCAAUGACAAGGCUAAGUCAACAGCUUUUAAAUUCUAGGGAAGUGACAUGA